AUGACGACUGGAGGUGCUACUGGUAACCUCACUGGGGAGGGAACUUUGUCUGCUCUCUGGUCACCCUCGUCCUGCUCUCCUGUUCACUUGACGUCGAAACUUCCACACAAUGAAACCCUGAAGCUCCCGUACAACUCCCGUACCUCAAACUUCCUGUCUGGCGACAUCAAAACACGGUUCCGCGAGCAGAGCCUCAUGGACUCGUUCGAGUCUAAGGAUCUUGAGGGUUUAGUCAAAGCAAGGAUAAAUUUGUCCACAUCAAGUGACAAUUGGCAGAGACGCUGCCUUUGUGCUGCAUGCACCAAGCGUGCAGACCGCAGGGUGCCCUCGCUGGAACCCUUGAUCAAGGUGAAUCCCAAGAUCAACCGGCUGUGCACGACCGGGAAGAAAUGUUUGCCUGCGCUUGGCACAAUUACGGCCAAGACGCCGCGGUAG